GGCACGGCCGCCGGAAGUGACGUGAGGAUUUGUUGACAGCGGCGGCCGCUGCCAAUGCGAGCGCCAGCGAAAAGAACGGGGAGAUCGGACCCCGGUGGGGACUGCGCUCUCUCCGCGCCGGAACCGGAACCAGCUGCGAGGGGGAGCUUUGUUCCCCCCUUCCCCCCCAGCCAGGCGGGGAGUCCGGUAACAUCAGUGCUGCUCAGUGUGGUUUUGGCUCCCUGCUUAUAUGCAAUACCUUGGCCUGCUAGCGUUGCUGCCUGGAAACGCACUUCAAAGUCCACUCAGAAAUCUCUUUGGGCGGACAUUCCAGGAAGACCCCAGAAGAGGAAUCACUAAGUUGAUCUCACGUUUUCCCUUCCCCUUUUCCCAUCCUCCACGGCCCCAAGAUGGCUUCUGACAGCCCAGAGUCACUGAUGACUUUGUGCAUAGAUUAUUGUCUUCACAACCUUGAAGGGACUCUAUGCUACCUGUUGGACAACGAGACUUUCCGCCUCCACACAGACAUCUUCCUUCCGAGUGAGAUCUGCGACAGGCUGGUCAAUGACUACGUGGACCUCGUGAACGCAGACACCUUGUUUGAACACAAUGAAAACUUUUUUAGUCUCUUUUCGGAUCCUCGGAGCACUCGGCUCGCCCGCAUCCACUUGCGAGAGGACAUUGUCCAGGAUCAAGACCUGGAAGCCAUUCGGAAGCAAGACCUCGUGGAGCUGUUCUUGACCAACUGUGAGAAGCUGACGGCUAAGAGCCUGCAGACGCUGGGCAGCUUCAGCCCCACCCUGGUCUCGCUCAGCCUCUUUGGCUGCACCAACUUUUUCUACGAAGAGGAGAACCCAGGCGGCUGCGAGGAUGACUUCAACCCCACCCGGCAGGUCUUGGUGAAGGACUUCACUUUUGAAGGCUUCCAGCGGCUGCGUUUCCUCAACCUGGGCCGGAUGAUUGAAGGGAUCAACGUGGAAAGCCUCCUGCGGCCGCUGGCCUCCCUCACCGCCCUGGAUCUCUCCGGGAUCCAGCUGAACGACAUCCACUUCCUGACCCAGUGGAAGGACAGCCUCGCCUCCUUAGUGCUGUACAACAUGGAUCUCUCCGAGGAGCACAUUCAGGUGAUAGCCCAGCUGCGGAAGCUCAGACAUUUAGACAUCUCCCGAGACUGCCUGUCCAGUUAUUACAAGUUCAAGCUGACCCGCAAAGUCCUGAACCUCUUUGUGGAGAAUCUGAGCAACCUGACUUCUCUGGAUAUCUCGGGUCACACCAUGCUGGACAACUGCACCAUCGCCUGCUCGGAUGAGAAAACAGAUCAGCCCAGCACCAACCCGGCGAAAAGCAGCAUCGCCCCUUUGCGGAGCCUGAGAAGACCCCUGCAGUUCUUGGGGCUGUUUGAGGUCUCUCUCUGCCACGUCACGCACAUCCCAGCCUACAAGGUCACGGGCGAGAAGAACGAGGAGCAGGUCCUGAACGCCAUCGAGGCGUAUACCGAACACCGGCCGGAGAUGACAUCGCGAGCCCUCAAUAUCCUCUUCGACAUUGUCCGCAUUGAGCGCUGCACCCAGCUCUUGAGAGCCCUGAAGCUGGUCAUCACCGCCCUGAAAUGUCACAAGUACGACAAGAACAUCCAGGUCACGGGAAGCGCUGCUCUCUUCUACCUCACCAACUCCGAGUACCGCCUCCAGCAGAGCACCAGGCUACGGCAGAAGGUCGUCCAGGUGGUGCUGAACGGCAUGGAGUCCUACCAGGAAGUCACGGUGCAACGGAACUGCUGCCUCACCUUGUGCAAUUUUAGUAUCCCCGAAGAGCUGGAAUUCCAGUACCGGCGGGUCAACGAGCUGCUGCUGAACAUCCUGAACCCGACGCGGCAGGACGAGUCCAUCCAGCGCAUCGCCGUGCACCUCUGCAACGCCCUGGUCUGCCAGGUGGACAACGACCACAAGGAGGCCGUCGGCCGGAUGGGGUUCGUCACGACCAUGCUGAGGCUGAUUCAGAAGAAAUUGGGGGACAAAAUAUGUGACCAGGUGAUGGAGUUCUCCUGGAGCGCUUUGUGGAACAUCACUGACGAGACGCCGAGCAACUGCGAGAUGUUCCUCAACUACGGCGGCAUGAAGCUCUUCCUGGAGUGCCUGAAGGAGUUUCCCAACAAGCAGGAGCUGCACCGCAACAUGCUGGGCCUCUUGGGCAACGUGGCCGAAGUUCAAGCCCUCCGUCCCCAGCUGAUGACGUCCCAGUUCAUCAGCGUCUUCAGCAAUUUAUUAGAUAGUGAAGCGGACGGGAUCGAAGUGUCGUACAACGCCUGCGGGGUCCUUUCCCACAUUAUGUUUGAUGGGCCAGAGGCCUGGCUGAUCGCUGAGCCCACCAGGGACGAGGUGGUGGACAGGAUGUGGGCGGCAAUUCAACGCUGGGAUGUCAAUUCCAGGCGGAACAUUAACUACAGGUCCUUUGAACCAAUCCUGAGACUCAUCCCUCAGUGGAUCUCCCCAGUCAGCCAGCACUGGGCGACGUGGGCCCUUUACAACCUGGUCUCUGUCUACCCGGACAAAUACUGCCCCCUGUUGAUCAAAGAAGGGGGCCUUCUCCUCCUGCAGGACAUGAUUUUGAUGGCAUCAGCACAGCCAGAAACCAAGGAGAUGGGAAGGAAAGUCAUCGAACACUGCAAUAACUUUACGGAUGAGAACAUGGACACCUCCAGAUAGAGCCGAGCGUGGAAUCCCAGGUGCAGCCCACCUGCGCCCGCCUCCUCUCAAAUUCACCUGUACAUAGGUUGGACUGUCUCCUCUCAUCAGCUUAGCUGUCGGAAGAAGCCCUUAGUGCGUGCUGGGGUGUGUUGGAAGUGUGCAUACUUGGACAGUGUUAGGAAGAUGAGAGAGGCUCAGGAAACGGGGGGGGGGGCAGGAGGGGAAUGGGGAGGUUAGAAAAACCACACCUGAGCAAGUUGUCUUUGAGGGACCAUUUUUUUGCACACUACAAUUGCUUCCCUUGAAAGGUGGAGUUUGAGAUACAGCGGGGUGUGUGUGUGUGUUUAAAAAGUACUGAUUGGUGUUUUUGUUUUUUUGUGUGUGUGUGUGUGCGCGCGUCAUGACUGUAUAAAACAAAAAUCCACGCUGUUGUGUAUCUUUGGAGCUUUUCGACAGAGCACGAAGAUCUCCUUCGAAUCACAGCACAGCCCUUCGGAUGAGGGUCAUUCUCCCUCUUGCAACGCCGCAGGACUAUAAAAGGUUUAGGCAAAGCUGCUAACCCCAGACCAGGAAGGACUGUGAGGCUGGGGAUUAUGGGUGCUGUCAACCUAUCUGAAGUACCUUGGAGCACUCGGAUUGGAACACUAAGGAGGGACGGAUGGCCUUGCUUGUCCCUGAGCUUUUGAAAUCUGCCCCUUCCUGCAACUGAGCUUUGCAAGCAGCAAGGAAAUCUGACUGGUUAAUAUUGAGGUAGGUCAAAGCUGAUCUACCCCCCUCCCCAACUCCUUCAGAUAGAGGAGGAGAUUUCAGUGCUGUUGGUCGCUUCGGGGCUUUUAAGAAGCAGCGGAAAAAAGCUGAUUUUUUUUUUAGCAGAAUCCUAAAGUUAGGAGUGGAGAUCUGAAAAGUGUAAGCUGUGGAAAUUAACUGGUUGUUGUGCUCUGAAGACAGGGCAGAGACUGCUGCUCGCCACUUGGAUGACACAAGCAAAACCUGUGGGGUGGAGACUCGGAUGACCAGGAAGCUUUGCUGAGACAGAGUAAAAAAAAAACCCCAAAACCCCGGGUCUCUCUAGCCAGGAAAAAGCAGAGUCUCUCUCGUAGCUUAAAGUUUCUUUGGAAGCUGCUUGAGUGUCAGGGUCAGAAAAAAUGGAUACAGGUCAAAGAACUUGCAAAUUUAGAUCAACAUUUGCAAAUUCAGACUCUCCUUCCCUCCCUGAAUUCAGCAGGGAGCGUGCGGCACGGCAAAAUCAGUCCUCGGUGGAUGGAGCCACUUUUAGACCUUAUUGUUGACAAACCAAGGAAGGUUUGGUUAACUGAUUGCAAAAGCAGGCUUAAAUCUAUAUUUCAAAAAAAGUUUAAGUCUCAAAAAAAGCCCCUCCUUUGGGUUCUCUUCCAUGUGUCUGAAAUUCUAGCAAAUGCAGCUUUUCAUUUCUAUCUCCUCCGGAACUGCCAUGGGAUCAGAAUUGGAAGAAAUUCGCAAAUUCCUGAGGUAGUUUAUGACAUUUUGAACGGAUGUAACUGAGUCUUCCUUUGGCUGGAGUCAACUGAAAACACCUUCCACAGAGGUCUUCUCACAACAUCUGGAGCCCAGAAAACAUCUGGCACAGAAAAUCCACCCCAAAAUUCUCUUUUUCAUGCUGUUCUCCUAAUCUACAGCAAGAGUGCCCCAAAUUUAUCAAUUUAUCUAUUUAUCCUUCUGUAUAGAUAGACUCUACCUAUAGAUGUUAUACUCUUUUCUAGAGCAAGAUUCAUGGUUGAACUUUCUCGUGAGUUCAAGGCAGAAGGAAUUGAUUCCUGAUGACCUUAUAGUUCGGCGUCUUCUACAUGUGAUUGAAUUUGAACCAUUACUCCAGGGUUGGCAGUUUUCCAGAUAUGUGGACGCCAACUCCCAGAAUUCCAAUCAGCAUAACCAUCGCUGAGAAUUCUGGGAGUUGAAGUCCACUCCCUUUCAGUUGGCCAAGGUUCAGAGACACUCCAUGAGUUUGGUGUCAGUUGAUCCAACCUGGUUUAAUGUAAGUUGCCUAGAGCUGCCUUGCAGUGAGAUGGGUGACAAAUUUAAUAAAUAAAUAAGGAAAUCUGGCUUUGUGAGGUCCUAAAAAGAUGGCAGAAGAAAAAGAAGAAUUAUCUGUACAUUUUCCUCCGAGUCCAGAAGAAAGGCAGAUGGUGAUUGAUUUUGAGAAGGGGAAAAAAAAUCCCGAAUUUUCCUUUGUCUGGAAAAAUGCAUCUUAAGGUGUGGAUUUGUUCAAUCUUCCAGGAGGAGAUGGUCUUUAUUUCCUUGUUUUCAGAAGAAAGAAUGGACAAGGAUUUGAACUGCUUAAGAGAGACUGGAAGAUUUUCAUUUUCUGCUGCUGAUGCCGUAACAGGGAUGUGGAAAUCCCGUGUAAAUUUAACCAAGCUAAUUUUCCCAUCCUCUCAAUUUGAAGAGCCUCUUCUUGAUCCUAUAUUUGUGACGCAAAGAUUUUUAUUCUGGACAGUUAUGAAUUCUUCUGUCUGCUGUUACAUGUCAUCAAUAAACAAAGAAAACAACUUUU